GUGGGAUUUGUGAUCAUGGACCCUGACAUCGAGCCGGCGACGAGGCUGGCGGACGAGACCGCCACCGCGGAAGUUGCAAAGUCCAAUCCCGCCCCAGGAGAGUGGACUCGUGAGCUAUGUCCUGGCUGUAACAAGAGCUGCAAGUACUACUGCGCUGUGUGUUAUCUCCCAAUUGGGGCGCCGUUGACCGUGGACGUUCCGCGCAUUCGUCUGCCACUUCAAGUAGACAUUUUGUUCCAGGACAAGCAAAAGAAAAGCACUGCUCCUCAUGGGAAGGUUGUGGCUCCUGACGACAUCGCGAUCAUUCCGUACCCGUUUCCUGAGGAGAGCCGGCCUCAGUACGACGCCAAGGAAGCAGUCGUCGUGUACCCGUCGAUCGAUGCGUACGUGAUCGACGAGCUCGAAGACCUCGACAGUUUGAAAACACUCAUUUUCAUCGACACCCCGUGGCAAAAGGCGCCCACCGUUCUGAAUGAUCCAGCGCUGUCCCAUCUGCGAUGCGUGAAGCUCGCCCGGCCGCCGCUCGAGUCCAAGUACUGGCGCUACCAUUCGAGCGGAAAAGGUUGCAUCUCGACCAUUGAAGCCGUACACUUGUUGCUUGUGGAAUAUGUCGCCGCAAAAGCCCAACGAGCUGUGGCGUCGAUGACCACAGUAGCCCCAGCAACCCCCUCGUGCUUGGACCCCCUUCUCUUCUUUUUCCACCUCGUGCACGACCACAUUAUGCACACGCACAAGACGGAUCCGAAGCGCCAAAUCGACCGCGCACCGAUGAGCGAAGCCGAGAAAGAGCGGCAGCGAUUGAUGCGAUCGCAGAAGGAAGCGGGGAGGAAGCGCAAGCUCGAAAACAAACUUGCAUUUAAAGCGCAGAUCGCCGCUGAAGUCGAAGCUGGCGCUGCGGACGCGUGGCCAAAGAAAAAGUGCUUCAACUGCGGCGCACGGACCCACCAAGCCCGCGAAUGCCUCGACGUGUGUCGGUACUGCAAGGUCGAAGUCCAUUUCAACGGCGACUGCCCGAUGAAAGGCCAACGGCCGGCACGCGCAACCAAAGUCACGAAAGCGAUUUGAGAUUACGUUGAAUCGAGUGUAGGUCGAGUUCGGACCUGUCAAACUCGACCCGGUCCAGUUCCGUCGAAA